GCCGAUGGCGUGUGAAGCACAACGGAGCGAACCUCGACGACGGAGAUGGAGGACAGACGGAGGGAGAUGGCGAGGCGAGGGGGGCUGGAAGAUGAGUACGAUUAUCUGUUCAAGGUGGUGCUGAUCGGCGACUCCGGCGUCGGCAAAUCCAACCUCCUCUCCCGCUUCACCCGCAACCACUUCUCCAUCGACUCCAAGUCCACCAUCGGCGUCGAAUUCGCCACACGAACCCUCCAGGUAGAAGGCAAGACAGUGAAAGCACAGAUAUGGGACACAGCAGGCCAGGAACGAUACCGGGCAAUUACCAGUGCCUACUACCGCGGUGCUCUUGGUGCACUGCUCGUCUACGACGUGACCAAACCGAAGUCCUUCGAGAAUGUCGACCGGUGGCUCAAGGAGCUGCGUGAUCACGCCGACGCCAACAUCGUGGUCAUGCUCAUCGGCAACAAGACUGAUCUCAAACACCUUCGCGCCGUCGCCUCCGAGGACGCACAGAGCUUCGCUGAGAAGGAAGGUCUCUCCUUCGUCGAGACCUCUGCGCUCGAGGCCACAAACGUGGAGAAGGCCUUUCAGAUCGUUCUCGCGGAGAUAUAUCGGAUCAUCAGUAAGAAGUCCUUGGCGUCGUCAACUCAGCCUCCUUCAGAAGGAAUCAAGGAAGGGAGCACAAUUGUGGUUUCAGGGUCUGAUACAAGCAGUACACAAACUAGGUGCUGCUCCACAUAGAUGUCCAACGAAUCUAAUAGGGAUUGUGUUGCUCAAAUGCUAGUAAUCUGCAGACUCUCAUAAUUCCCAUGGGAAGUCAUAUCAUUCACCAGAUAUAUCUGUAAGGAACGGCUGGUUUAUAUCUUGUGAGCCUUGGUUGAAUUC